AUAACCACUCAAUUUAUGAUCAUUUAAUUCAAAAUUACAUUUCUAGUUUUCUACUAUUAGAGGAAGUAUUAGUAGUAACAUAAACCUAGAGAGAGAGAGAGUUUGUUGCAAGCUUUGUGCUCCAUAGUUUCUGCUUCAGCGCUGCACUUUCACUUCCGCCGCUCUCCUCUUUCACUCUACCAUCAUACCAUGGAAGUUGAUAAGCAUGAGAACGAUGAGGAAUUAAGAUUGGUUCUCGAGCUUCCUGAGGCUGACCAUUUCUUCCACAAAAAGAAGUUGUUGGAGGAUAUGGGUCUCAAUUCGGAGAGUCCGGUGUGUAUAAAGAGCUCCUCUACUCCUGAUCAGCUUAAUGAUUUGUUCGAUUUAUUGAUCAAACGGGCGAGGGUUGUAAACUUGAAUGAGGUAGAACUGUAUUUUGGAGGAGAUGUUGUUAAUCUGGAGCACUUUGUUAGCCCAAGGAAUGAACUGGAAGCUCUCCAUUCAGUUCUUGAAGCCAUCAAUAAGUCAGUGUCCAGUGAAAGCUGUACGAUGAAAAAUAUAAAGCAGAAGUUGCAAGGGGAAACUGUUAGUAGGAUCCAUGAAGUUGGAAACAAGUUUAGGGAAGAGACAAGAAUAGUUGGGGAUUACAAUGUGGAGAAAGAAAAGAGCCUGUUAGAUUGGGCUGUCGAAAAUGGCAUGAAGACAAGGCUUCAUAUAGCUUGUGUUGAAGGAGCAGGAAGAGGGGCCAUUGCUAGAGAGGACCUCGAAGUUGGAGAUGUCGCUCUUGAGGUCCCUGUAUCUGUCAUCAUAUCUGGGGAGGUUUUACACGAGUCUGAUAUGUUUCCUAUUUUUGAAAAAAUUGAUGGGAUCUCUGAGGAGACAAUGCUGCUCUUGUGGAGCAUGAAGGAGAAGCACCAGAAUGAGUCCAAAUUUAGAUUGUACUUUGACACUCUACCCGAAAAUUUUAACACUGGGUUGAGCUUUGGAAUUGAUGCUGUCAUGGCUUUAGAUGGAACGUUGCUGUUAGAAGAGAUCAUACAAGCCAAAGAGCACCUACGCGCGCAAUAUGAAGAGUUAUUUCCAGCAUUAUCAGAUUAUUUUCCAAAUGUAUUUCCCUCAGAGUUGUAUACGUGGGAGCAAUUUUUAUGGGCUUGUGAGCUCUGGUACUCAAAUAGCAUGAAGGUUAUCUUCCCUGAUGGAAAGCUACGGACCUGCUUGAUACCUGUCGCUGGCUUUCUCAAUCAUUCGAUAUGCCCACACAUAAUGAACUAUGGAAGAAUAGACUCGAGCACAAAUUCCUUGAAAUUCCCUUUAUCAAGAACAUGCCAUUCGGGCGAACAAUGUUUUCUCAGUUAUGGAAACUUCUCCAGUUCUCAUCUACUCACUUUCUACGGCUUCUUACCACGAGGCGACAAUCCCAACGACAUUAUUCCACUAGAUAUCGACGUUGCUCAGGACCAAGACUCUGAGGUCAGUCCUCCUGCAUCGGAAUGGAGCUCUCACAUGGUUCGCGGGACUUGGCUCUCGAAGAAUCACAAAAUCUUCCACUAUGGAUUGCCAACUCCACUGCUGGAUCAUCUUCGCAAAGCUAGAAACCCGACGUGCCAAUCAAACACCCCCUCACACGAGCUCUUGGAAGCUGACCUCGACGUGCUCAGAGGUCUGAGCUCCACUUUCGAGGGAAUGAUGGAAGCCAUCGGUGAUGAAAACCAAGAAGACAGGGAAUGUGCUGGUUGGGACGUGAAGCUUGCCGUGGAGUUCAAAAGGUUGCAGAGAAGGAUUAUGUCGUCGAUCUUGGCUUCGUGCCAUUCUGGCUGUAAGAUGUUAGAAUCUGAGCUGUGCAAAUACACAGUUUAACACCAGGUGCCAUUUAUUUACCUUAAUUUAGCUUCCCUUCUUGACAAUGUUCUCUUCUCUCUCUCUCUCUCUCUCUCUCUCUCUCUCUCUCUCUCUCUCUCUCUCCAUGUAGUGGUGGUGGUUACUGUAUGAACCUUGCUCUGUAGCAUGUGGGCUUUGUUUAAUGCUGGGAUACAAUUUGAUGUAGAAAAUGAUGUCUGCAGCAUAUGCCUAUGAAUAUUAUUUAUUCUUGUAGAAUAUAUAAAUUAGGGGUGUUGAAUUAUGCAAUCAUUUAGCUUAAGAUUUGAAUAUCUAAA